CCCGCCCAGCGAAGAACACGUCAUCAGUCCUCUACUACGUCCGCAGAGAACAUAUAAAGGCUGAGUGUCUGCCGGAGAGUCACAUUAUCUUGUUUAAUCUCAACCAAGAGAAAAUGAGCGGAAGAGGCAAAGGAGGAAAGGGACUCGGGAAAGGAGGCGCCAAGCGGCACCGGAAAGUUCUCCGUGAUAACAUCCAGGGAAUCACCAAACCCGCCAUCCGCCGUCUGGCUCGCCGCGGCGGAGUCAAGCGUAUCUCCGGCCUCAUCUACGAGGAGACCCGCGGUGUGCUCAAGGUCUUCCUGGAGAACGUCAUCCGUGACGCCGUCACCUACACCGAGCACGCCAAGAGGAAGACGGUCACCGCCAUGGACGUGGUCUACGCCCUCAAGAGGCAGGGCCGCACCCUGUACGGCUUCGGAGGCUAAACUCACCCUCACCCGCUCACCCCCACACUCCAAGGCUCUUUUAAGAGCCACCCACUAAACCUCAAGACAUUAAUCCUCUUUUAUUUAACGUACAAAUGCUUCAACAUGCAAACAGUGCGUCAACAUACAUGUCAACACAGCAAAAACAAGCUUGAUUACUGCUGAUUUCAUAUGGUUAUUAUCAAACGUGUAUCAAAAUAAACAUUAUUGCUUUUUAUUAGUUUGUUAACAGAAGUCUGCACACAGACAAGCUGCUUGUCAGCUAAAGGCAGAUCAUAGCAGCUGUUUAGCCCCUUUUUUAAAAAAAAAAAAUUAAUUUCAUAUUUAAUUUGUUUAUUCAAUAAUUUUCCAUAUAUUUGAUUUUCUGCAAUUUACUGGUUUUGUGCGUGAUGCUCAUAUAUUGGCGACUAUAUUAUCAAAUGUCCCUGUGAGAGAUUACUUAUCACCUUAUUCCUUGUUGUAUGUUUCACAACAUGAUAAAUCAGAAUUGGGAAAUUAAAUUUUAUUGUUUUAUAUGGUCAGCUGAAAAUGUUCUCACAAGACGUGUCACCAAAGCUUGUUGGUCUGACAUAACUACUGCUGUGAGAAAAGAAACUUGUUCUUCAAGGGCCCAGACAUCCUGUGUAGGUGUCUUAAUUUAUUUUAUUAUCAGUGGAAAAGCACCUGUAUGAUUGUAUAAGAUCUUAUUCAGAAUAUACCUGAGUUCUAUACUUGCAUUCAUUUUGUCUUCACUAUUAAAACAAAAGGGUUACACAAUAAUAAUUAAACAUGAA